UGUAUUUUUGUUUUUGAACAGUGGCCUCCCCAUUGUAAGCUUCUGGAUCCACUCCUGGUUACACGAACGACUAACAAGUGACAAGGGAGGAAGGUGUGUUCCACACAGAGGGAACAGCAUGUUUGAAUGCCUGGAGAUUUGAAAGCGCAUGGCAUGUGAUAGGGGCCACAGCCUCAUCACCCUCUUUACAUGUACUGCUGCUGGCCUCACCAUCCUCACCCUUUCCCACCUCCAUGCCUUCAUCCAUGCUGCUCCCGAUCUGGUACACCCUCUCCACGACUUCAGUUUGUUUAAAUAAUAUAAACUUCAAGGCUGAGUUCUGUCACCACCUCUUCCAGGAAGCUCCCCAGGCUCUCCCCUUGUCUGAAUUCUUUAUAGUUGCUGGUGGAUGUCAUCACAGCUUGCUUCUAGUAGUUAAUUAUCUUUUUCGUGCCUGUAUAUGAGACUCCCAGAGAUGGGAUGAUUCUGGCAAAUGAACACCUGGCCGCUGCUCACAAAUGGGCAGGAUGGGACUUCACUGCCUUUCCAGGCAGCCUGCUUAGAUUUAAGCAGCUACUACCAAGCCCAAACUGCCUGGCUCCCCUGGGAUCUGGUGCAAGUCCUGUCCCCACUGUGGUUGCUGCUGCAGGCUGUCCCCUUCUGCUUCUUCUUCUGGCGUCCUGGAGGUCAUGGUUGCUCCAGGGGAGCUACAGUCCUUCCUUACUUCUGUCUCUUCCUUUGUGAAGGGACAGCUCUAAUGGCAGCCACAUGCUCUGAUGAGUCAUGGUUAAGAGCAGCAUCUGGGGCCAGGAGGUGGUGGCUGGUUAACUCUUCAUGGGCCAGUGGCUCUCUCUGCCAGAAGAUCAGGUCAGGUGGAGACACUCGCCUCAGGGCUCGGUGCACAGUGGACAUUUGGGGAGUGUUGUGGGUGACCCCCACACAAGCGCUGGGAAUGCCGGGGAGAGGGGGCCAAGAGGGGAAGUGGCCAGAGUGUUGGCUUUGGAUUCAGGAGGGAUGGAUUCCAGUCCUAGCUUGCCAUUUACUAGGACUCCUGAGAGCAGCCUCCACGAGGCCCUGGACCAGUGCAUGACCGCCCUGGACCUUUUCCUCACCAACCAGUUCUCAGAAGCACUCAGCUACCUCAAACCCAGAACCAAGGAAAGCAUGUACCACUCGCUGACAUAUGCCACCAUCCUGGAGAUGCAGGCCAUGAUGACCUUUGAUCCUCAGGACAUCCUGCUCGCCGGCAACAUGAUGAAGGAGGCACAGAUGCUGUGUCAGAGGCACCGGAGGAAGUCUUCUGUAACAGAUUCCUUCAGCAGCCUGGUGAACCGCCCCACGCUGGGCCAAUUCACUGAAGAGGAAAUCCACGCUGAGGUCUGCUAUGCAGAGUGCCUGCUGCAGCGAGCAGCCCUGACCUUCCUGCAGGACGAGAACAUGGUGAGCUUCAUCAAAGGUGGCAUCAAAGUUCGAAACAGCUACCAGACUUACAAGGAGCUGGACAGCCUUGUCCAGUCCUCACAGUACUGCAAGGGUGAGAACCACCCGCACUUUGAAGGAGGAGUGAAGCUCGGUGUGGGGGCCUUCAACCUGACAUUGUCCAUGCUUCCUACUAGGAUCCUGAGGCUGCUGGAGUUCGUGGGCUUUUCAGGAAACAAGGACUAUGGGCUGCUGCAGCUGGAGGAGGGCGCGUCAGGACACAGCUUCCGCGCUGUGCUGUGUGUCAUGCUCCUGCUGUGCUACCACACCUUCCUCACCUUCGUGCUCGGUACUGGGAACGUCAACAUCGAGGAGGCCGAGAAGCUCUUGAAGCCCUACCUGAACCGGUACCCUAAGGGUGCCAUCUUCCUGUUCUUCGCAGGGCGGAUUGAAGUCAUUAAAGGCAACAUUGAUGCAGCCAUCCGGCGUUUCGAGGAGUGCUGUGAGGCCCAGCAGCACUGGAAGCAGUUCCACCACAUGUGCUACUGGGAGCUGAUGUGGUGCUUCACCUACAAGGGCCAGUGGAAGAUGUCCUACUUCUACGCCGACCUGCUCAGCAAGGAGAACUGCUGGUCUAAGGCCACCUACAUUUACAUGAAGGCCGCCUACCUCAGCAUGUUUGGUAAGGAGGAGUACAAGCCAUUCGGGGACGACGAAGUGGAAUUAUUUAGAGCUGUGCCAGGCCUGAAGCUCAAGAUUGCUGGGAAAUCUCUACCCACAGAGAAGUUUGCCAUCCGGAAGUCCCGGCGCUACCUCUCCUCCAACCCUAUCUCGCUGCCAGUGCCUGCUCUGGAAAUGAUGUACAUCUGGAAUGGCUACGCUGUGAUUGGGAAGCAGCCGACACUCACAGAUGGGAUGCUUGAGAUCAUCACCAAGGCGGAAGAGAUGCUGGAGAAAGGCCCAGAGAACGAGUACUCAGUGGAUGACGAGUGCUUGGUGAAAUUGUUGAAAGGCCUGUGUCUGAAAUACCUGGGCCGUGCCCGGGAGGCCGAGGAGAAUUUUAGGAGCAUCUCUGCCAAUGAAAAGAAGAUUAAAUAUGACCACUACUUGAUCCCAAACGCCCUGCUGGAGCUGGCCCUGCUGUUUAUGGAGCAAGGCAGAAAUGAAGAGGCCAUCAAACUCUUGCAAUCUGCCAAGCAAAACUACAAGAAUUACUCCAUGGAGUCAAGGACACACUUUCGAAUCCAGGCAGCCACACUCCAAGCCAAGUCUUCCCUAGAGAACAGCAGCAGAUCCAUGGUCUCAUCAGUGUCCUUGUAGCUUUGUGCAGCAGUUCUGGGCUGGAAGACAGACAGACAGCUGGACAGAGCUCCUGGAAACAUUUCAAAAGAUCCCCUCCCCCUGCCCUGCCCUGCCUUGCCUUUGGGGUCCACCGGCGCUCCAGUUGGAUGGCACGACAUGGGUAUCUGUGCAGAAGCCAAGCUUUUCACCAGUGUGGCCAAGGGCCUUUGCCAAGGGCAGAGCAGGUGGAGCCCUCUGCCUGCCUAUCACACAUACGGGUACUUGCUUUUCACUGUGAUGUUUAAGAGAAUGUAUGAACAGUUUACAUUUUCCUUAGAAAUACAUUGAUGGGAUCACAGUUGGCUUUAAAAACCAACAACCACCAACCACUUGUAAGUCUUUGUCUUCACCUAUUAUCAUCUGGAGGUAAAUCUCUUUAUAUGAUGAUGCCAAAGGGCAAAUUGCUUUUCAAAUUCAGCAAGUUCUCAACUUGUGUGACUGAAGGGCCUUCAGAGGACCUGAGGAGUGCCUGGGAGAGGCUGAGCCUCAGGCUUCAAUGCUUCUGGGGUUGGGCACGAGGAUGCACACAGACAUCCACUACCUUACUACUCACACUUCAUUUCACUCCUUUUGUAAAUUUCCAAUUUAAAAAUCAAGCACGUCUUUUUAGUGAGAUAAAAUCUGAGCUCUUGUGUAGAAAAAUCCAUCUCCACCAGUAGGAAAUGCCACGGCUUGAUGGAAGAGCCGUGUGGCCCUUUCUAUGCGAAAGCCAGGAAUUUUGGGGGGCAGGUGGAGGUUCUCAGAAUCCAGUCUGUAUCUUUGCUGUAUGCCGAACUGAAACCACUGGGAAUAAUUUAUGAAAGAUAAAAAUCUUCUGUACUUCACUCCAAGGUACAUUUACUUACUGAUAGCAUUUUUCUUAGAACUGUUAUUCUUGA